AAAUGUGAAUGAGAAAUUUAAUAUCGUAAAAACAUAAUUAAAAUAUAAAACUUGCAUAGUAAGUAAUAUCGUGUAAAAUAUUAUAUUUUCAACUUUAAAGAAAAAAAAAAUUAUAAAAUCUAUUUUAAUAUUUCUAUAAUUUCGAACGACGGAUCUAAAUCGAAACGAAAAAGAAGAAUAACGUAAAUUUUCUUCUUAAUUUUUUUUUAUUUAUUUUUUUUUUUAAUUUUUUUUAAUAAACUAUUAUAAUAAAAUAAGAAAGAGAAAAGACGACGAAAACCAUUUAGAAAAAAAGGACGAAUAUUAAAAAAAGAAAAACACGAAGAAAAUCAGAGCAAGAAAGGAAGCAGUCAACAAAGAGAAAAUCUUAUAGCAAAACAAAUAAAAAAACUUCAAGAUUGAAGAAUUUGCAAGAGAUCUUUGGAAGUCUGUUAAGGCUUGCGUUUGCGGCAUGCGCCAUCCCAACAAUGGCCAGAGUGAAGGCGACUUAAGUCGUCUAACCGGUACAUCGAGUACAUCUUCAACCCCAUCAUCUUCAAAUGAUAAUUUAGAUAUUGAAAAUAAUGAAAAUAAUUUAUGUAAUGAUAAUUGUGCAAUAAUAUCAUCACAAGCCCUUAUCCUUAGCGUUAACGAUAAUGAAAAUGCAAAUAAUAUAAAAAAUUCCCAACAUUUACAUGGUCAUCAUCAUCACCAUCAUCAUCAUCAUCACGGUCAUCAUCAUCAUGGUCAUCAUCAUCACUAUUCAACACAACAAUAUGGUCAACAAGAAAAUCAACAACAACAAUAUCAAUUACAACAAAAUUAUCCAAGCUAUUUACCCGAAUAUAUUGAUCCAUUAGAAUGGCAAAAGUCAAGAAAACGAAAAGAACGUUUAGAUAGUACAUCAUCAAUAACGCAAGUUGAUCGUAAAUUACAACGAUCCAAUAGUGAAGAAUUAAUAACAAGUUCUGAUUGUGAAGUGAUACGUCGUGUAUCAUCUCAUGAAGAUUUUAAGAAACAACCAUUACAAGAACGAAACACAAAUAUCGAUUGUAAUGAAGACACAACAUCAAAUAAUUUGAAACCAAUUGCAGAGAAUGAUAAUCAUUCUAUUAAAUCUGUAAAGAGUCAUAAAAGUGGAGACAGUCAACAACAACAGCAACAACAACAACAAAAUGAACCAACAAAUAAUUUUAUAAUUCGUCUCCGUUUGGAUACUAGCCCAGCUAGAUCAAAUAAUCACCGUUGGUCGCCGCAUCGUUUUGAUGAUUCAUCCGAAAAUGAAAAUGAACGUCGGCGUUCAUCAGAACGUUUUUCGAAGACUCGUGCACCACCUGGUCGUAAAUCAGGUGUUGUUAAGAAAGUCGGUUCGAAUUCUGGUAGUGGCGGUGGUAAAUAUUCACGUCGAUCUGGCGAUGAAAAUGCUUAUAAAUAUGACAUAUCUCAUCUAAAAUAUGAACGUCGUGGUUUCGUCAGUAAAUUGAAAUUAGAAGAACAUCGUAAAGAAGAAGCUGCUGAUGGCGAACCAAUUAUAUCAUCAUCAAUACAACCACCAACAUCAGCAUCACAGACAAAUGAUUAUAACGACAAUAAUUUAAUUGAUUUGUGUUUGCAACAACAACAACAAAAGCAGCAGCAACAACAACAACAACAUCAACAAUUAAAACAACAACAAAAAAAUAACAAUGGUGGUAUUCAAAUAUCAAAUCAACAACAACAACACCAACAUCAUCAAAACCAAGAUGCCUCUACAGCUAUGCCACUGCCUUGGGAUCGUUCACCACAAGAUAUUCAAACAACACCAGUUUUAUGUAGACGUUUUGCUACAUUUAAUGAUGAUGAUUCUACAUCAUCUUAUAGCGGUACAAAUAAAACUUGUACAUCAACAACAAAUAAUAAUAAUCAUCAUCAUCAAUAUAGCAAUAAUAGUUUUAUAUCUGAUUCAUUAUCACAAUCACCAGCAAUAAUUGCUGCACCAGCUGUUAUUGUUGAUAAUGAACCAAUUAAAUCAUUUCGUACAUUUACAAAAAUGGAAAAUUUAAAAACACGUGAAGUAAUGCAAAAUGUCUUACCAUUAGGUUUAUUACAAACACCCGAAGAACGUUUAAAAAUUGUUAAUAAAAAAUUAAAUGCAUUAAAGAAGAAAGUAACAUUAUUGGAGGAAAAUUAUGAAAAGACAUAUGGUUAUAGACCAUCACAAAUUGAACGUUAUAAUGAUAAACAAAUUAAAGCAGCAUUAGCUGAAAUUAAUAAAUUAAGAAAAGAAAAACAAGAAUUGAAAUCUGAUCCAAUGGCAGCAUUAGGUUUAAAAGUUAGUGGUGGAUUAGAUGCUAAUCAAAAAUUAGAUAAAAUGAAAGAAACUUUGGACGAAAUACAAAAUAAAUUAAAUGAGAAACGAACUGAAUCAAAUCGCCCAGAAAAUUUAGAGACAUUAACAUCUGAUCAAUUAGUUCAAGAGAAAACAGCUGUUCAACAUAGUCUUUUAUAUUUUGAAUCAUUAUAUGGUAGACCAUCAACACGUGAAGAACGUGAUGCAGCACGUCCAUUAUAUGAUCGUUAUCGUAGUUUAAAACGUAUGAUAACACGUAGUAUUUCAAUACCAGCUGGUAGUGGUGUAGGAUCUGAAUUACCAACAAUUUUAGAACAUGAAGCCAUGACAUAUGAAACAAUACAACAACAAUCUUCAAUUAGUACCGAUACAACAACAAAUUCAUUAUCAGAUCAUUUAAUUGGUAGUGGUAAUAUAAAUAAUAUGAAUAUAAUAUCAGGAUCAACAAUUGAAUCUCCAACAGAUAGUUCAAUUCAAUCUACAACAACUGAUUCAACUACAGAUUCUUCAAAUCAAAUUCAACAACAAGAUCAACAACAACAAAUAUUAAAUGCUACAACAAUAAAUCAACAACAACAACAACAGCCAACAUCAACAAACGAUGUUAAUUUACAUAUGCUAUCAUUAGAUGAACUAUGGGCACAUUUAGAAAGAGUACGUGAGGAAAAGAAAGAUUUAAAAAAAUCAAUACGUGAUUUUGAAAAUUUAUUUGAAGAGCAAAAUGGUAGAAAAAUGUUAAAGAAUGAUCGAAAACUAAUUGAAGAUACAUAUGCCAAUUAUAAAGAAAAUAAAGCAAAAGUUAGAUUAUUACAAGCUUUAAUUAAAAAACAUAUGGCAAAAUGAAUAAUAUCUAUAAAAAUAUAUAUGUAUUUAUUGAAAAUAUAAGAUAUCAAGUAAAUUUUUUUAAAAAUAAAAAUAAAAAAA